GUGGGCGAGUGUGUGUGUUGUGUGUGCAGGGGGGCGGAGGGGGAAUGAUCAGAAAGGAAAUGCCCUGGUAUUUAUAUUACAGUGCACAUGGGUUUAAAUUAUCCCUGGGAAUAUGUGCAGUAUGAUUAUAGUUAAUCCGUGCUUAUUCAAAGUGUGCCGGGGCUGAUUUCCCCUCCCCCUUUUGCCUUCCCAUUCAUAUAACCCAGGCUGCCUCCAGCUAUCCCAUUGGACUUGCUGGCCCUGAGCACAUGAAGGUGCAGUGAGUCGUGGAGAAUGAGCAUGUUCUCCGAGGCAGCGUGGUUCUUCCUGGCUGUCACCGCAGCCCUAGGGAGCAUAGUUCUCUGCAAACACAAGAGCCCAGGGCAGCUGGGGAGCCCAGUGUUAUGGCUUGCCGGCCUCUUCGGAGGGGCUUACCUGCUCUUCCUGCCCUUCUUCUGGAGCUUGGUUCUCUUCUCCUUGUCCUGUCUCCUCAUGUGUGUGUACUCAGCUGACCAAGAGUUGCUACCUGUGGAUCAAAAGGCAGUCCUGGUGACAGGUUGUGAUUCUGGAUUCGGCCACGCAUUGGUCAAGAAGUUGGACAAACUGGGCUUCACAGUAUUUGCUGGAGUUUUAAAUGAAAAGGGCCCGGGAGCCGAGGAAUUGCGAAGAAACUGCUCCACGCGUAUCACGGUGCUCCAGAUGGACGUCACCAGCCCGGAACAGAUCAAAGACGCUUACAGCAAAGUCGUAGAGAAGGUGCAGGACAAAGGACUGUGGGCUUUGGUCAACAACGCUGGAAUUCUUGGAGUCACAAUGGAUGGGGAACUCAUUCCCAUGACUGAGUACAAAAAAUGCAUGGAGGUGAACUUCUUUGGACCCGUAGGAGUCACGAAGGCAUUUCUACCUCUUCUUAGGAAAUCCAAGGGGAGGCUGGUGAACAUCAGCAGCAUGGGAGGAGGAGUCCCAAUGCCAAAGAUGGCCGCUUACAACUCAACGAAGGCAGCGCUGACCAUGUUUUCAUCAAUUUUGAGGCAAGAACUUUCUAAAUGGGGAGUAAAAGUCUCUGUGAUCCAGCCUGGAGGCUUCCAAACCAAUAUUACAGGCAUAAGUGAUGUUUGGACCAAGAAAGAAAAGGACAUCUUGGACCAGCUCUCCCAAGAGCAGCUGAGGGACUAUGGGCAGGACUACCUCCAGGUGCAGAAGGCUUUCCUCAAUUCCAUGGAGAAGCACUCUAGCCCAGAUUUCACUCCAGUGCUCCGGGACAUCCAGCAUGCCAUCUCUGCUCAGAUCCCUGCCCCCUUCUACUACCCAGGAACCAUGGUUUCUAUCUGGGUGUACUUGGCCUCCAUUUUUCCUACCUGCUUAUCUGAUUAUUGUUUUAAAAAACUAGUUGCUUAUGGUGAGUGCACACCCAGAGCUCUGCGCAUGCCUAACUAGAAGACCACGGUGUCAUAGUC